AUGUCACAAAUCCUGGCAAGUAUUCUGACCGUGGGAGAAAUUAUAUUUCAGUGGACACAGUUGCAUCAUUCAGCAAUGGACUCAUUGUCCUCAGCCCAUCUCAUCCUAAUGGACCAACCUCUAGAUUCCUGUCCAUACAGAGUGGACGAGAUAAUGAUGUGCCCCACUCACAGCUCUGACCCCAGGCCCUUCCCAGGUGCUCUCCCUGCCCCCACCCUCAACCUGAAUCCGACGUCGGCUAAGCCAGGGGACUCUGUGAAGAUCCAGUGUUCUGUGAGCUCCCAGCCCCUGCCCACCCGCAUCGUCUUCUGCAAGGACGGGGUGGAGGUUUCAUCCCAGAAGGGUUUGGAGAAGACUGUCUACAGCCAUGACGAUAAGGUGUCCGGGGGCAGCUCUGGGAAUUACUCCUGCAGGUACGAGAUCAAGGGCAACAACAACCAGGUGAACAGAUCCCAGCUCAGCCCUGCCAAGUACCUCAGCGUCACUGGUGAUGACUCCAGCAGUGGUGCCAGGAUUCCCUCUCCCCCAGGGAUGGGUCGAAAGCUCCUGUUGGGAAUUACAGUCCCUGCUGCUGCCGUGGUGCUGGCUGUGGUGCUUUAUCUGCUGGGAAGGAAAGUUGUGUCUCUGCGAAGAGACCAAAGGGAACGAGUCCAGCAUGACACCAGCAACAAUCCAGAAAAUCAGAUUCAAUAUGCCUCCGUGAAUUUCUCAAGAAGCACUAGGUCACAGUCACAGCCCCAGCGAGAAGAGACUCCGACCUAUGCAACCAUCGCGCUGCAGCGGGACAGACGUCAUGACUACUCCAGUCACUGAAACAUAGGACUGGUCAGUACGCAGCCACGUCGCAAAACCUCCACAGAUCAGUGGGAACCAUAGAGGCCGUGCAGCAAGGAAGUGGGGGACCUUGCCUGGGGCCACAGCAGCACAGUGCCCAGCGCCCAAAGUGCUGUAGGACAUUGGAAUAGGCUGAAGACAAAUGCUGCCUGUUUGCCUUUUGUAAAAGAAAAAAAAGUUUCUUCUGAAU